AUGGAGAGAAAUUACAGAGUCCUAACACUCUUGAGUACGAGGAAGCAUCGUGCCGGUACAGUACAUUCUAGACAAGCCCAGACACGAGUUCGGGAAACUGCCUCAACCUACAUGGCCUCGGAAGCAGAGCCCAUAGAACUCGUGGAAAGCACAGAAGAUGAGAUUGUGGACCUCACCUGUGAAUCACCCGAGCCUGUGGUGGUUGACCUGACUCUCAAUGACUCUGUUGAGACAGUGGAUGAGAUGAGAGAGUCCAGGAGAAAUGUGCAGAGCUCACGUCAGAACCAGGCUGACAGCUUUGUGGUGAUCAGCGAUGAUGAAGAGUCGUCUAGCAACAGAGACUUCACCACCCAGUCUCUCAGAAAUGCCAGCGAUGUCUCAACGACAGAACACAGACCAUCCGGUAUGAUCAUCUGUCCAAUCUGCAUGGAUGGGUACUCAGAGAUUGUACGGAAGGGACGCCUUGUUUUCUCGACAAUGUGUGGUCACAUUUUCUGUAGCCGAUGCCUCCGUGACUCCCUCAGGAAUACUAAGACUUGCCCGACCUGCCGGAAAAGGAUAAGCUACAAACGAUGCCACCCCAUUUAUAUAUGA